GCAGCCUCUUUCUCACACACACGUAUACACACCAGAUAUCAGAGCUUCACAGAGCAAAAGCUGAUGCAGGAGUACGACUCAUCCAAUCUUAUACAUACUCUCUCUCACACACUUGACCAGGAAGCAACACAUCAUCUUUCCUGUCAGUGAGACAAUCUGUAUGGAGAACCUGAUUACUACUGGCUGCUGACAAUAGAAAACAAAGGCACAACAAUCCAGCGUCUCUCUGCAUAGAGGCUACACUUUCCAGUGGCUAAGGGUGACCACCAAAGCAAAAGGGACAAUUUUGUUGGGAUCUCAGAAUCUGAUGCCACAGCUACAAGCAUCUACAAGUUUAAUUGGGUGACUCAAACCGGGCUGCUGUGCACUGCCCACUCGCAGAAGCUGAGGGGGGGACAGUCAAAACCGAGGAUACAUGCGCUGAGCCGUUGUCAGGGUUGGCUGAUGUGGAUGCACCACCUGUCAAGUUCUAGCCCUGGGUGUAAGGUGCAGUGAUUCAGCCCCUUUAAGGUAGUGAAGGGGCAUGGCAGGUUUUCCACACCUGAGAUUACCGGGGCUGCUUCUGCUCCUAAUCAUUGCCUCCAUAACACAUAGCCAAAACUGCCCACAGCGCUGUGACUGUAUCACUCAGCAGAGAACUGUGUUGUGCCAGAACAAGCGCCUGAAUUCUAUUCCUGGGGGAAUCCCGACUGAUACACGGACACUGGACCUUAGCGGCAACAGUUUGCACUGGGUGGAACACAAUGACCUAGCAACACUUUCAAGACUAGAAGAGCUAGACCUGAGUGAGAACCUCAUCAGUGUGCUGGAACCGAAUGCCUUUUCCAGUUUGCUUAAUCUCAGAGUUUUGCGUCUACGAGCCAACCAUCUUAAACUCGUGCCCAUGGGUGCCUUUUCUCAUCUCACUAACCUCACCACUCUGGACUUGAGUGGGAAUAAACUGGUCAUCCUAUUAGACUUCACCUUCCAGGACUUGCAUAACCUCCGCAAUUUGGAGGUCGGUGAUAAUGACCUGGUGUACAUUUCAAACAAGGCGUUCCUGGGUUUGGUGGGCCUUCAAGAACUGACCAUUGAAAGGUGCAAUCUGACUUCUAUAUCUGGACAGUCUCUUUCCUACCUUCGCGGCUUGGUGACUCUUCGAUUUCGCUACCUCAGUAUUGCUUUGUUAGAAGAACAGAACUUUCGUAAACUGGGUGGACUGCGAGGUCUGGAGAUUGAUCAUUGGCCCUUCCUUGAGUACAUCUCUCCACACAGCUUCCAGGGUCUCAACCUUUCCUGGCUCUCGAUUACCAACACCAACAUUUCCAGUGUGCCUACGAGUGCUCUUCGUAACCUUGUUCACUUGGCCAGCCUCAACCUGUCGUACAACCCCAUCUCUGUUCUUGAGUCCUGGGCUUUAAGGGACCUUGUCCGUUUAAAGGAAUUGCACCUAGUUGGUACAAACCUGAUUUCAGUGCAGCCCUAUGGUUUUGGAGGUCUGCAGCAGAUACGAUUGCUCAACUUGUCAAACAACGGAUUAGUAACUCUUGAAGAGGGCUCUUUCCACACACUGGAGACAUUGCGAGUAGAUGGAAAUCCUUUGUCUUGCGACUGCCGCCUACUGUGGAUCCUGCAACGACGCAAGACCCUCAACUUUGAUGGAAAGUCGCCCAUUUGCACCACACCUGUGGAAGUGCGAGGAAAAGCUCUCAGUACCUUUUCAGACUCUGCACUUUUUGACCAUUUCACCUGUCAGCGGCCGAAAAUCCGCAACCGCAAAUUACAACAGCUGACAGCACGUGAAGGCCAAGUAGUGUCAUUUGUAUGUAGAGCAGAAGGAGACCCGACUCCUGUAAUCUUUUGGAUUUCACCUCAGCGCCGCCGUAUCACCUCCAAGAGCACCGGCCGUGUCAUUGUACUACCUGAAGGUACACUUGAGAUCCGUUAUGCCCAGGUGACAGACAGCGGUACCUACAUAUGCAUAGCAAGCAAUGCUGGUGGCAAUGAUACCUACUUUGCCACACUAACAGUGAGUGGAUUGCCACUAGAUGGUGCUUUGUCGGCAAAUCGCACAUACUAUGUGGGGGAUCUCAACGACACAAACUUAAACGACACCCGUGUCUUCCUAAAGUUCACGCUGGACCUCAAAACCAUCCUGGUGUCCACAACAAUGGGUUGCAUCACUUUUUUGGGUGUGGUUCUUUUCUGUUUCAUUAUUUUGUUUGUGUGGAGUCGAGGACGAGGUCAGCACAAGAACAAUUUCUCAGUAGAGUAUUCCUUCAGAAAGGUUGAUGGCCCUGCCACCAGUGGUGGACAAGGAGGAGCUCGAAAGUUUAACAUGAAGAUGAUAUAAUAGGGACAUAUGGAUACACCAACAGGUUUAAUUGAUAAAAUUACAAAUUUUUCUUAUUUCAGACUGAAAUAAAUGUAUAUUACCAGUCCUGCAUCAUGCUACGGUUCACAUGUCAAAUUUUGAGUUACAGAGGAUUUUUAUGGGCUCAAUAAAAAAAUCCAAUUACUGAGAGGUACCUUCCAUCAGCUUUAUAUUAUAUUAAACUUUAUAUUUGGUGGUUUGUGGAAUUUUACACAAUAAUUAAGACAUAUUUGAUGAAUUUCAGACUGCUGUAAGGGGCAGGCUGGCAUAUGGAACAUUGAACAUUUUUAUGCUUGAACAGUGAGAAGGAUAAUCUUGUAAUUAUGUAUAACAACAAUUGACAUUUUUAAAAUGUCAUUUCUACAGAAUAAGUGUGAAAGACUUAAAAACUUCUAUAAUGAUUUUUAGAUUAUUAUUAUCAAAGGGUGUUUUCUGCUUGCCAAGGAAUUGCCAGUACCCUCCUAAAUUAACACAUCAUUGUCCCAAUCUUGUGGCUAAAGUACAGUAAAUGUGUGCAAUUUUUUUUAUUUUGGCAAUUAAAACGAAUAUGCCCAUGAGUUUGUAGGUGAUGAGUUUGUAGUUCACUGCCAAUCUUGAAAUAAAACAAGUAUUUAUUUUUAGAUUAGCCCAAAAUCUCAACCAGUCAAGGAACUUGAGGUACUAGAAGACUGUUUAAAAAUGUAAAACUGUUUAACUGUAUCUUGAAGAGUGAGUUGAUUGUAGUUCUCAUUUCAAUGGUUCAUGAUAAUUUCACCAGGUAUAAAGUUAUUUUUAUUACACUGCCACCUACUUCUGUGUCAUGCCCACUCAGAGUCAUGCCAACUUAUCUUUAAACGCAGACACACCGAGGUGCUGUAGAGACAACAGAUACAAAAAUAUAAUAACUAAACACCAAUACUAGCUUUAGUAUCUAGACUGGUUCAUGACAUUACGUAUAUUAAUUUAGAUAUUUGUAUCUUACUUGUAUGUAUAUCUCUGUUUUGUGUGUACAUUUUUGUGCCCUGUCUUAAAUAAUGUUAAACAACAUUAUUCAUGUGAAAUCCGGAAUUGUUCUUAAAAAUAAGCAAGGAUAAUGCGCAAGAACUCGAAUAGAGUGACUUUUUGUUCUGAGCAUUUAAUUACUGGUGAUCAUACCAUAUGUAUUUAUGCCUCUACUGUGAAAUAUGUGUCAGACUGUUCUGUAUCAAACACUUAAAAAAGGGAAUGUCAACCUCAUUUCAUAUUGUUUCAUUUGCAUGAGUUUAAAUGUUGGGGUCCCUAUGGGAAAAGUGGAAUACAAAAUACAAUCAAAGAAACAUUCUGAAAGUGGUAAAUCCUUAGAUUCGUAAUGGAAUUAGUAUGCUUGUAUUCUUUGUAAAUAAAUAGAAUUCAGCAUCAGGCUAAGAACAUUCGGAUUUCUCCCUCUACCCUAAUUGAAAACAGUGCUGCUGUCUGGGACAGGAACGCACCUUAUAAAGCUAUUCUGCUGCCCCCUACUGUUUUCAAUAUGACAGUUAAAAGAAAACAACAACAACAGGGUAUCAUUCUCGGCUCUAAAAGCCUUAUGCCUUCUACCUGUCAGUCUGUGUAAAACACAAAAGCUUACAUUAAUUCAAUUAUCAGCCUUUAGUAAAGAUCACUUUGAACAGAUCAAAUGUGAUGGUCAAUGGUCUUACUUUAUGCAGCAUUGCAAACUGCCAUAAUUCUAAAUCUAAAACUAUUUA